AUUGAGAAGAAGAGGGAAAGAUGGCGUCCUCUAACAAUCCGCGCAAAUUUAGCGAAAAAAUCGCUUUGCAUAAUCAGAAGCAAGCGGAGGAGACCGCCGCGUUUGAAGAAGUGAUGAAGGACCUGAACAUCACCAGAGCCGCGCGGUUGCAGUUACAGAAGACCCAGUAUUUGCAACUAGGGCAGAAUCGUGGACAGUACUAUGGAGGCUCACUGCCCAAUGUCAAUCAGAUUGGGAAUGGCAACAUUGACCUGCCUUUUCAGAACUCUGUGCUGGACACCAGUCGGACAAGCAGGCACCAUGGACUUGUGGACCGUGUAUACCGAGAUCGAAACCGCAUCUCAUCUCCUCACCGUCGCCCGCUGUCAGUCGAUAAACACAGUCGACAAAUUGACAGCUGUCCCUACAGUUCAGUUUACCUUUCCCCACCGCCAGACACAAGCUGGAGAAGGACGAAUUCGGACUCUGCCUUACACCAGAGCGCCAUGAAUCCGAAGCCCCAGGAAGUGUUUUCAGGAGGAUCACAGGAGCUGCAGCCCAAACGAGUGCUGCUGCUCACUGUGCCUGGGACGGAAAAUUCAGAGUCGGAUGCAGACAAGGAUGCACAGGAACAGCUGUGGGAUGAGAAGAAGGAUGAUGCAUCGCAGCCUAAUGCCUGUGAUGUCCCUGGGAUCAACAUAUUCCCAUCGCCAGACCAGGAGUUAAGCCCAUCUGUGGUCCCAGCUGCACACAAUACAGGUGGUUCCUUGCCGGACCUGACUAACAUCCAGUUCCCUCCCCCGCUGUCCACCCCACUUGACCCUGAGGACACCGUGUCCUUCCCCUCAGUCAGCUCAGGCAACAGCACGGCCAGCCUCACCACCAACCUCACCCAUCUGGGCAUCAGCGCUGCAAGUCAUGGGAUCACUACAACCUCUCAGCCUUCCAUGACUGUAACGGCGCAGCGCAGGCAGCCUCCGGUGGUGCCGCUCACCCUCACCUCAGAACUCCACCUACAACAGUCCCCCCAGCAGCUCUCGCCCACGCUCUCCUCACCCGUUAAUAUUACACAGGUAAUGCAAACAGAGACAUUAACUCUGGAACAGCAGCUUUCCCAGUACUCCCUGUUCAACCAGCUGACGCCUCAGGCCCAACUUCAGCUUCUCAAUGACCUCCAGAAGCAGCCGGUCCUAUCGCAGGGCAUCCAGCUCAUCGCGUUGCCAACUCCGGCCUCGUCUGGGACGGCCACUGCAAGCAGCCCCUCCCCAGACAGCCAAACCACUGCCAGCAUGAGUAUCAGCUCGUAUCGCAAUCAGUCUGGCUCACCAGCCACUCAGUCUCCAACCUCCCCAGUCUCCAAUCAAGGCUUCUCCCCUGGAGGCUCGCCUCAACACAUUCCCGUUGUAGGCAGUAUAUUUGGUGACUCCUUCUAUGAUCAGCAGUUGGCGUCUAGACAGACCAAUGCUCUCUCUCACCAGCUUGAGCAGUUCAACAUGAUCGAAAGUCCCAUCAGCUCAUCCAGCCUUUUCAGCCAAUGCUCCACCCUCAACUACACGCAGGCAGCCAUGAUGGGCCUUACCGGGAGUAGCCUACAGGACUCGCAGCAGCUCAACUACAGUAGCCAUGGCAACAUCCCCAACAUCAUCCUAACAGUCACAGAUGAGUCUCCGCCCAGCCUCUCUAAAGAGCUCGCCAACUCUCUGGCUGGCGUCAGCGACGUCAGCUUUGAUGCAGACUCUCAGUUCCCCUUGGACGAGCUGAAGAUAGAUCCACUCACACUGGACGGACUUCAUAUGCUUAACGACCCUGACAUAGUGCUAGCAGACCCCGCCACAGAGGACACGUUCAGGAUGGACAGGCUGUAGCGUGAGCGCUGUGUCAGGGCACAGAGGGGAGGAUAAAAACACUAAUUUGGGUGAAGAGAGGAAAAGGGUAGGAUGAAGCCCCUCCCUCGUUGCAUGGCCGUCCAGUUCUAUGACUCUGAAAGAUGCGCCAUUAAAAAAAAAAGAAAAAGAAAAAAACAACAGGGAAAAAGUCGUCCAUUGGCUUGCAACUGGAAUGGCCUCGCUGUUGUUUUGAAUAAGAUUGGUUGCUCGGCGCUUCUGCUAGCCUACUCUUGUUUACAGUGCUUCAUUACAUGCCACAUAAUUAAAAAAAAAAUGCACAUUGCAGCUGUUUUCAUAUCCACACUUGUUUUAUUUAUAUUUGCUUGUAGCAGGAAGCUGCUAAGUUACUGGGUAAAACAAUAGUUUUUGGCUAUGUCUAAAAGAGGAGGGGAAUAAAACCACAUAGCCAGUUUACUCACUACCCCUCAAACAAGUUAUCCAACAAUAGCAUGUUGACUUUUUUUUUCGUGACACUCAAAGCUUUAUUUUUGACAACCAAAUGUUCUUUUCUUGUUGUAUGAUGUUUGUGUAUUUAUGUUUUUAUUUAUUUAUUUAUUUGGUCAAAGGUCUGGCAUUUCAAACCUUUGACAUCUGAUGCCAAAAUGUCUGUAGGCAGUGUAAAAUUCCACUAAUGUAAUUACAGUAGUCGCAAACAUAUUUAUGUGCCGUUUUUAUGUUUCUAAUAGUUUAAUGAAGGAGUGCAAAACCUCCCCAUAAUUGCUCUUUUGUGUUAGGUGUGCCAUUAUGUAGAGUUGAUGUGCUGCAGUCCAACAAGCAAAUCCAAUUAUUUAGCACCACUUCAGGUCAAACACUGGGAGUCAUUAGGGAAUUCAGUUUAACCAAAACAAGUGAAUCGAAAUUCAUUCUCAGCAAGUAAUAGUCUAUAUAUAAUAUAUAUAAAAUCUCUAUACACUAUAUUGCCAAAAGUAUUCUCUAAGCCAUCUGAAUAUUUGAUUUUUAGGUUUGUAAAAUUCAUGACAUGGACUCCAGGGCAUGUACUCUGUUUCUAGACAUCGGUUAGUGGUAUUCUUAAAAAGUGGAAGAAACAUAAGGUGUGUGCAGUAAUCCCUAAUCUCAUUUGACUUUAAAUGAGCUUAGGAACAGUGCAUAGGGAGCUUCAUUUAUGGCAGGGGUCUGCAACCUGCGGCUCCAGAGCCACAUAUGGCUCUUUGGACCCUC